UGGGGUUGUUAUUUCUCUGUUUUGUUUAUAAUUCGUAUUUUGCAAUUCACAUUUCAACAAACAAAUACGAAAAAAAAAAUCAUUACUUUAUUGGAAAAUUAAUAAUUAAUAAAAUUAACAUAGUUUUCACAUCAACAACAUUAUGUAAAAGAAGUGCAAAUGUAUAUAUAAUCUUUUUGGAAAAAUUUUACACUCAAAGACAAAGAAACAGCAGCAGAAAAAAACAGGAUUAUUAUUCAUUGAAAAUUGGGAGGGGAUGGCAAAAACCAGACUUUCAACUUAAACAGCAGCAGCACACCUACAUAUCAUAAUAUUUUGUUAUACCCAAAUGAAUGCAGUAGCAAUAAAGUAAAAAUCGAACUAAGAAUAUUGGGGCAUUAAAAUGACAAACAUUUUUUCGAUAUGGUGCUUACAGGUUUUAUUUGUAAUUAUAAUAAAUCCCUUACAAAGCCAGGGAGCUCAUAUAUUGGCCGUGCUGCCUAGUGUAUGGAAAUCCCAUUAUCUAUUUGGCCAACACAUUUUGUUGCAAUUAGUGGAGCAGAAUAAUCAUACAGUAACCUUAAUAAGUCCCUACGAAAUGGAUAAUAUGGAAAUGGGAAAUAGUUUGCCCCCAGAGAAAUUUCGUGAAAUAAAAGUUGAGGGUUUGUUAGACAAUUGGCUGGAAAUGGGUUUAUCAUUUGAUAUAGAAGAAAUGCAUGCAAAAUCCGUAAUGGAGCAUUUUACCCGUCUCAUGUAUGCCACCACCAGUAAUACUGAUUGUAUAUUGCAAAAUUCUAAAGUACGAGAACUGCUGCAGUCACCACAAAAGUUUGAUUUACUAAUAGUUGAUUUGUUUUUAAGUGAUGCCCUGUUGGGGUUGUCAUUUUACUAUCAAGUACCCACAGUGGUUUUGAGCCCCAGUGGCUCGAAUACCUGGUUAAAUCAACGUUUUGGCAAUCCCCAAAACGCUGCCUUGGAUCCUAGCAACUUUUUGCCUUAUGCCAAAGAUAUGACAUUUUGGCAGCGCUGUGUCAACACAUUGAUGGCUAUGUUCGAAAAGCUUACCUACUCCUUUUUCCAUAUGAUCUCACAUCAGGCUGUUUAUACUAAACACUUUGAACCACUAUGCCAACUUGCCAACUGGUGUAAAGAACUACCCCACCACAAAGAACUGACUGAAAAUCUAUCAUUGGCCUUAAUAAAUACACAUCCAGUUUUGCAAUAUCCACGGGCAUUUCUACCCAAUAUGCUGGGCAUUGCAGGCAUACAUUUGAAAACCUCACAAAAAGAAUUACAAUUGCCAAACCAUGUUAAGGGAUUUAUUGAAGGAGCCACACAAGGAGUGAUUUACAUGAGUUUUGGGGCCAAUAUUUAUGAUUUUCCUAUAGAAAAACUGCAACUAUUUUUUGAUGUCUUUGAAUCACUGCCGGAAAUGCGUUUUAUAAUAAAAUACGAUGAGCAGGAAACUUUGCCUAUAACUUUAAAUGUUAGCUCACAAAUAAUGAUACACAAUUGGUGGCCUCAGCAGGCAAUAUUGGCCCAUAACAAUGUUAAAGUAUUUAUAACUUCUGGUGGUUUUAUGAGCAUUACUGAAGCUCUUUAUUUUGAAAAAAAUAUAUUGGCCAUACCAAUUACCCCAGAACAAGUUGUAUUAACUGAAAAACUUUACCAACUAAAGGCGGCUUAUAAGCUCAACUACAAUGACUUAACUUAUGACCAGUUAAUGUAUGCCAUACAAAACCUAUUGGGGGACAAAUCCAACUAUCAGCAAUCUGUGAAACAAUUAAAAAAUCAAUUAUUACAAAACUUGGAUAGCAUCACACCCAUGGCAAAAACUCUUAAUGCCAUUGAGAUGACAUUGAGCACAGAUGGUUUAGAUUACCUCAAGCCACAUUCACAUCAUUUAAACUUUUGGAGUUCUAUACUGAUCGAUGUAAUGUUGAUAUUAAUUAUUGGUCUACUAACCAUACUAGCCAUACCAUUUCUACUGACCAGUUGCAUUUUGAAAAGGUCAUAUCAAAAUCAAACCAAACUCAAUUUACUCAACCAACAGCAACAAACGCAUCGUUAUCAUUGCAAAGUCAAUGAAUUCCUAACUACAGUACCCACUCUGCGAACUUGUGCUAAUGCCAAACAUCAACGUCCUGAAAAUGAUGAAGAAAAUACUGAUGUUCAAAUGCGUUCAGAAAGACGUAGAAAUUCCGAUGUAAAUGAGAAACGCAAGCGUUUGUCAUCUAAUAGUUCAUCGUGUUGCAACUGUUCUGUCUCAUCGUCAUCGGCACCCACUACACCGCUGUCUAAAAGAGAUUCACCACUAUUCGAUCAGGUUUCCGGAGACACCGAUAAAGACAUAUGAAAGUGAAGUUGUUAAACUGAAAAACUUCACUUCACUCGUUUUGUUAAAAUUUAAAAUUAAUGAAGAAUAAUAUUGUUUUCUGUUUUUCUUUUUUUAUAAAGUACUUUUUGCGAUAAUUGUUAUUUUAUAUAUAUUGUACUAUGUGUGUUGUGUAUUUGUGCAGUACAUGAAUAUUUAAUUAUUAAGAAAAUACAACAAACUCAAGCAUCACUAAUCUGUAUGUGUUAUGUACGAAUUUAUUAAUAAAUUCUGUGAAAGAAAAUUUAAAAAAUA